AUUACGGUAUUUAUGCAACUUCUUCCAGGGCGGACCUUUACGUAAGUGUCCCAGUACUUCACGCUCAUGCCGGUUGUAAAUGUAACAAAUAUUCCCUUCACACGGUUGUUAUAGUAUCUUAAUAUCAUGCCUUGGUGUACAUUAGCCUUGAGGAUGUUCCCCUCACUGACAGCACGGUUCAGUAGCAGAGCUUCAUGGCCUGCACGUGCAGCUGUCCGAGCCUUUUCAUGCACUGCAGCUCGUUCCCAGCUGCACAGUGUGAAGGGUACCGGGGCUCUGACAGGGAAGGUGGACCGAUUCGGUGGAGUGACCGUGAACCUGGGUGAGCUCGGUUUACCUGCGGAUAUCAGUGAGAAGUCGUUCAGCACACUGCUGCAAGAUUCUGUGCUCCAGUGGAAAUCGGAGGGGAAAGUUGCAGUUUGGCUCCGAGUCCCCAUCUCUCUGAGUCGAUGUGCUGCUGCCGCCUCCACACAUGGCUUCACCUUCCACCAUGCCAAACAGGACCACACUGUGUUGUCUCUCUGGUUAGGAGAAGGGGAGACCAGGCUGCCGGGGUUUGUAACUCACCAGAUCGGAGUGGCAGGCGCAGUUGUUGACGAAUCCAAUGGAAAAGUUCUGGUUGUCCAAGACAGAAACAAGACCAAAAAUGCUUGGAAGUUCCCCGGCGGCUUGUCCGAUCCAGGAGAAAAUAUUGGUGCCACUGCAGUCCGUGAAGUCUACGAGGAAACUGGCGUUCGCUCCGAGUUCAGGUCUCUGCUCAGCAUCCGGCAGCAGCACAACCACCCCGGCGCUUUCGGCAUGUCCGACAUGUACAUCAUCUGCCGCCUCAGCCCCGUCACCUACGACAUCAACUUCUGCACGCAGGAGUGUCUGCGCUGCGAGUGGCUCGACCUCACCGAGCUGGCCAAGACCAACGAGACGACGCCGAUCACCACCCGCGUCGCUCGGCUUCUCCUUCAAGGCCUGGAGCGAGGCUUCGACCACAUCGACCUCGCCAUGGUGGAGCUGCCUGCUGUCUACUCGGGGACGCUCUACCAGCUGUACCACCGGCAGCUUCCUCCAACACUGAAACCCUAGCUAGCUAGCUAUCAACGACGUGAUGAUGACGAUGAUGUCUUGAUUUCUUAUAUUUAACUCUAUUUAUGACUGAAGUGAUCUUUGUAGUGUCUUUCUCACACUAACUGUUACUGUUGAAGAACUGUGGUGCAAUCGACUGUGAACUUCUUCAAUGUUCACUUUAUGAACUUUAAGAAACUGUGGUAUCUGUGAGACCGCAGACUUUUUAAUGGUUUGUUGAGCGUUUUUUGGCGGCCAUGUUUUGGAGUCCACUGCUGUUGUGCACCAGCUGGUUUAAUGUCUCAUGGUACAGCUCAAAACUCAGUCUUGUUUUUUAGCCACUCUUUAAUUUAUUAGCUCAUCACCUGUGUGAGCUAAAACUCAAAUGAUGAAGUUUGUAGCCAGCCUGUUAUGGACUUGAUCGUUCAUGCUAAUCCUGUAUCCUGUAACAAUCUUGUAUUUUUCCUCAGUGCCACUCAGCAUUUGGACUUUUUGCACAAAUCUCAAUUCAUAAAAGCAGAAAAGGGAGCCAAGUUUUACUAGAAGACAAAAUAACAACAAGCUCAGGAAAUGUUCUCUGUAUCCUUUAAGUUCCUUUAGAUAAUGAGUUGUGCUAAAAGUUGUGCUUGUUUUUGGAUUUUAAUAUGUGUAGUUUGGAUUUUAAUAUCCCUUUUCUCUCAUUCAAGCUUAUAAUGUGUCGCUUUUACCAGUUAGUGCUUUUCUCUAUCCCUUAUUACCUCAGGAGACAUAUUUGAACUCCCAUUCAGAGAGGACUGAUCCCUACAGGUCAAAGUAACGUAAAGCUGUGGUGCCAUAGAAGGAUUUCACUUGGGCAGUCGGUUCCAGCCGCUCUUGUGCGGGAGCUUGUCUGCCGCAGUAAAACCCAGGUAUGAACGUACACCACUGUGUGAAAGUGAAGCUGAAUAACAAGCGAACAGAACAGUCAGAAAGCAUCACAGCUAUUUUUGGGCAAUGUUGAUGGAGCACGUUGUCUUCAUUGCCGUCACAUCUCCUUCUUUGUCGCUGGAGUUAAGGCUUAAAUAUUUCCGAACCAGAUCCCAGAUUAGCAUUUGGCAGACAUGGGAAGAAAAAGUAUGGCCUUUUGGCCCGGUCCCGUUUUGCUUCCUGACUUAUACUGGCCAGUCCGCUUCAGUGCCACGUACAUGUGGGGGUACUUCCUGGAGCGGUAGGUGUUGUAGUUGUUGCUCUCGAGUCGCUCCAGAAAGUGGCAUUCGUCUGUAGCUCGUCUCUGGAGAGGAAACACAGAGGGAUGGUUCAUAAGUUAAGUGUUAGAUUCAGGGAUUAAGGAGCUGCUGCCUGUAGUAGCAGUCUGAGAGCUCAUUUAAGCACUGACAUCCUCAUACUUGGAUGAACAGUCACAGGAAAUAUAUGAAAACUGUGAGUAUAAUGUGGGAUAUCCUGUGAGGCAGUCCUGCUGUCCUCACUGUCGUAGAGCCUGCAUGUUUGAAUACACUGUUUUAAUGUGUUUUUCUGAAAUGCUGUUAACCUGGUCUCUCGGUACAGGCAACCACAGGGACACCAGGAUCCUUGAAGAAGCAUUUCAUCAAAUGUUUUGUUUGUUGGGUUUUAUUUUGAAGGUAAAUUUGUAAUGCUGUCAUUUCAGUUCAUUAAACUACCACAGAGAACUAAAUGCCACCUCUGUUUGUUGGAAA